AAUUUCGGGUGCGUUCAUAACGCCAUCUUGUUUGCCUCGCCAUAGACCAUUUGACAUUGACGAAUAUUUAUCACUGGCAACAUUGCAUCAUUUUGUACUAUUGUAUCGUAGUUCACACUGCGUCCGCCAUUUCGCGUCAGCGUCACAAUCGCAAGAAUUGAUCGAGUUGAAGACCGAGACGCCCUCGUUGGGAAAAAGUAGAAGUUAUAGUUUUCCCAUUUACGGGAUCCAGCUGAGCAAAAUGCCGCCGCCCGAUAAGAAGGCUAUUGCGGAGGGAAAGCUGAUACAGUCCUAUCUGAACAGCUAUAAUGCCACCACGGAGACUCCUGUCCUGGACUUGAACAGCGAUGGUGGUGACACAGACGAGGUGCCCACUAAUGGCGUCACUUACUUCGUGGACGAGCAAGGCCGCUACUACUACCAGCAGGGAGAGAACCAGUCCAUCAUGUCUCUACCCACCCCGGAUGAUAAUGAUGAGGGUAUAGCCGAAGACGAGAACAACCUGAUGGAGGAGGGGUACCAGACGGUGACGCUGGUGCCUUCGGAGACAGGGUCCGGGGAGGUCAGCUAUGUGCUGGUGGUACAAGAAGAAACCAAGCCAGUUCUCAAUGUGGACAUCAAGAUUGAUCAGGAGGAGGAAGAGGACAAAGGCAACGAGGACGUGUACAAUUUCGAGGAGGAGGGCGCCGAGGAGGCCUCGGAGGGGGAGGAGGAGGGGGCCAAGCGCAAGAAGACCCCCAAGCGGCGCAACAUGCGCUCCAAGUUCACAUGCACCUUCUGUAACUACACCAGCCACCGCCGCUACCUUCUCCUGCGACACAUGAAGACCCACUCCGAAGACCGGCCCUACAAGUGCAAGGUGUGCGAGCGGGGCUUCAAGACCAUGGCCUCGCUGCAGAACCAUGUCAACAUGCACAACGGGGUCAAACCGCACGUCUGCAAGUAUUGCAACAGUCCCUUCACCACCUCAGGCGAGCUGGUGCGACACGUCCGCUAUCGUCACACGCACGAGAAACCGCACAAGUGCACCGAUUGCGACUACGCUUCCGUCGAGUUGUCCAAGCUGAGACGACACGUGCGGUGUCACACCGGCGAGCGACCCUACCAGUGCCCGGACUGCACAUAUGCUUCCCCAGAUACGUUCAAGCUGAAGCGACAUUUGCGUACGCACACUGGGGAAAAACCCUACAAGUGCGACAGCUGCAACAUGUGCUUCACGCAGUCCAACUCGCUCAAAGCUCACAAACUCAUACACAACGUGGCAGAGAAGCCCGUGUACCGAUGCGAGCUCUGUCCGGCCAAGUGCGGACGGAAAACAGAUCUACGCAUCCACAUACAGAAGCUGCACACCUCGGACAAACCUCUCAAGUGCAAACGGUGCGGGAAAACUUUCCCCGACCGCUACUCAUGCAAGCUACAUAACAAGACUCACGAAGGGGAGAAGUGCUUCAAGUGCGACCUGUGCCCGUACGCGUCGACAAUGCUGCGCCAUCUCAAAUCGCACAUGCUCAAGCACACCGACGAGAAACCAUUCGUGUGCACCGAUUGCGACCAGAGCUUCCGUCAGAAGCAGUUGCUGAGGCGGCAUCAGAACCUGUACCACAAUCCGGACUACGUGCCCAAACCUCCCAAGGAGAAGACGCACGCUUGCCACGAGUGCAAGCGUACAUUCGCUCACAAGGGCAACCUGAUCCGACACUUGGCCAUCCACGACCCGGACUCGGGGCACACGGAGCGUGCCCUAGCGCUGAAGAUCGGACGCCAGCGCAAGAUCAAAUACAUGCAGCCGCGCGCGCAGGAGGAACAAAACGACUCUGACGACAACAGUAUGGUGAAACUCGGUCUGACGUCGAACGAGCUCCGCCGCGGCGAGCUGGUCACCGUGGCCGACGGCGACGGGCAGCAGUACGUGGUGCUGGAGGUGAUACAGCUGGAGGACGGCACCGAGCAGCAUGUCGCCGUCGUGGCGCCCGAGUACAUCGAGUGUGAGGAGCCAGAAGAGGAGGAGGACCAAGAGCGGGAGUCAGUGGCCAGCGGCAUCGAGGAGGUCCGGCACAAGGAAAUGGAGACCGUGUUGGAGAAGAGCAUCAAGCUCGAGAAGGACGUCACCACAUGCUUUGGCUUCGAUGAAGACGAUGAGGGCGAAAACGAAGAAGACUACGAGAUGUUGGAGGCCCGGGGCUAAACCGGCAUGACAUGACUAUAAGGGGCUAAACCGGCUACUAGUGACAAUGUGACUAUAACGUGACUCAGUGACGAAAAAGACGUUUACUGCGGCACUAACGGCUUUUACACGGGCGUAGUGUGAUCCACACACUAAUAAACAUACUUAUGUAUAGCAUAAUUCUUUUCCAUAGUAUUUUCACGGAAACGUACGAACGUGUCUCGCUAUUUCAGUCAGUGCCGGUACAAACGGUACUGCGGUUGACUGAAGUAGCAUGAUAAAUACAUCUGUAGUAUGCGUACCCACAGUUUAAUAACUACUUAGUUAAAUUUUGUUAAGAAGUGUGUGAAGAUUAUUAUGGAUACAUGGCCCAUUUAGACAUACGUAUACCUAGUCGCGUCGUAUGAUUCAUAUUAUGACAGUUUCUUUAAGGCCGUUCCAUCGGUUUACCGCUGUCACUGUCAUAUUUCGCAAGAAAGAACGGGAAAGAUAAUGCACGCCAAGUGUCAAUUUUGAUCAAAUUUUGUCGAUUUUUAUUUAUUUUUAAAAACGUUACAAUAUCGAAAUUCGAAAGCUAUGAAAUUACUAUCUAAGUUAAUAUUGUUUUUUCUUCUUUUUUUGUUUAUAGUAUCACAUAAUAAAUAACCGAGUAAAGUAGGAUUAAAAGUCCGAGUUAGAGGUUACUUUGGGAAUUAAUUGUAUCGAGCGAAGUGUCAUAAUUUGUGUAUCUGAAGCUAUGUUAUUAAAGAUAAUAUAGUCAAGAACUACAUAAAAAUUUUUCACGUCUACUAAUCAACGCCUCUUAGAAAAACAUGAUCAUGUAAGGAGAUUUUUCGCCUUCUGGCUCAAGGAACCGCUUUAAAACUCUUCCUUGGGCUUAAUUUCCGGCCGGCCCGCUUAUUGUGUGCUUGUUUGCAACAGAGUAAAAAAAAAUUGAGAAACUAGUCAUGGCAAGUCAGGCAAGAGUCAGGAACUUUCACCACCGGUACCACCGUAAUGUUUAAUUUGAAAAAUAUUCACAAAUCAGAAAGAAAACUAUUAAAUAAAGUUAUACAGUCAUAUCUAAAAUAAUUCAAUGUUUUUAAGAAUAAUAAUAACUGCAUCAAUAAAUUGCUCUGAUAUUUAGAUUAAGGGGAUCCCAUGCCCCAAUGACCUUCGAUUUGAAUCCCUUAGUUUUCUUAUGUUUUUUGUAGCUUAUCAUAUUAACAGCAACGGAUUUUAGCAAUACAGCAUCCCAUAUCUACUUCAAACUUCAUUGUUUUCGAAAUAUUUGGCAUCAAAAAUGAACAAUUUUAGGCCAAAAAACUGGUUUUCUGGCCAUAACUUUUGUGUUAAUUAGUUUAAAAUUAAAACCUUAGGCAAAUUUUUAAAGACGUCUAAGACGAACCUAAAUAUGUAGAUUUCGUAUAAGUAAGAUCUUUCACAGCAAUCGAGAUACGAUAAAAGUGUUUUUUUAGACAAUGUUUAACACAAUCAUAAAUAAAUAAGUAUUCAUUUUUUUCACAAUCCGGUAGACAAAAACGGAGAUAAAAGAUUGAAGAACCGAUAGCCGCUUGUCUUAUAAUUCUAUAUGUAGUGCAAAAGUAGGAGAUACGAUUCAAAGCUUGUCAAAAAUCGAUGAAAACCUCAGGUAGCCCCUUAAGGUAAUAUUUAAAACUUGACAAUUUAAAAGUGCUUUUUGCUAGGCCUAUUUGAAUAAAGAAUAUAUUGACUUUGAUGGUGUAUUGUAGUUUGCCGGAUUGCAGUGUCACUGCAGUGUCACGGGGUCAAAUAAUCCAAGCAAAGUUUUCUUAACGAUUAAUUGUAAAAUUAACGUCAUGAAAAGCCGGAUUAUAAGUUUUUCUUCCGUUGUGUGCUAAUAUUUUAUCAUAUUAGUAAAUAAUUUAGAACAUAUUGUUUAAAAACAUAAACUGUUACUUUAUGCUAGGGCAUGACAAAAUGUUCAUAUGACUGUAUCGAUAACUUAACCCUCAAAUGCAUAUUGUUGCCAAUUAUU